AUGGCAACUUGGGUUAAAAGCAUUUUACCUUACAGGCAAAAUCAAAAUACUAUAUGUUUUGUUUAUUUGGAAAAGGAUGUACCAGUUCCACGUCCUGUUAAAUACGAAAGUUUGGGGGAUGGUCCAUCUCCAAUACCAUCAACAGGAAGCAAAUACGUAGGCUGCCAUGUUUCUGGUGCUGGAGGAGUUUGGAAUGCCUUUGAAAAUGCGAGAGAGAGCCAGGCCAAAUCUUUUGGUCUCUUUCUGCGCAAUCAGCGGCAGUGGAUGGCCAAACCCCUGGAUGAUGGAACGAUCAAGAAAUGGUGUGAUGCAAGCCAGGAUUUUCCAUCUCACCUGAUUCUUCCACAUGGCUCCUACCUCAUGAACCUUGGCUGUCCAGUACCUGAAACCUUAGAGAAAAGUAGAAAUAUGUUACUGGAAGAACUUCAGCGAUGUGAAAAGUUGGGAAUACCUCAUUACAACUUUCAUCCAGGAUCAUCAUUGGGAAAGAUCACUCGAGAAGAAUGCUGCAAGAUCAUCGCUGAGAGUAUCAACCUUGCCCAUAAGCAGACCAAGGGAGUUAUAUGUGUUCUAGAAAAUAUGAGUUGCCAGGGAUUUGUAAUUGGUGGUGACUUACAUGAGCUGCGCCUCAUCAUUGAGCAUGUAGAAGACAAAUCCCGCAUUGGGGUUUGUAUUGAUACUUGCCAUGCACAUGCAGCAGGUUAUGAUCUUUCUACUGAAACUGGAUUCCAGGAGUUACUGGAUGAUUUUGGCAAAAUCAUAGGAUGGCAGUUUCUUCGAGGGUUACACAUGAAUGAUUCUAAAGGUUAGUUAAUGUAUUGAAUUAGAGAACUUUUCAGAAUUAUGGAA